UCAUAAAAAAUUUGUUGUUUAUAACGAUAUUGUUUUGUUUUUGUCGGAUAGGAUGCAAAAUGGAAACUUCAUUACAAAUACAGAUAAUACCGAUAAUAACGACAAUGAAAUUAUUACUCGAUCACCAAAACACUGUUGGUUUCCAGACGACCAACAAAUGGCACCAAAUAUGGAGAGAAUAGAUAAGAAUACGUUUAAAGUCUUUCUGACGAACGGUAACUACAAUGUGGUGAAGAGCGGAGACGUGACUGAUGUCCGCGGAAUCAUAACUUUGAUUACUAGUCGAUUGUCGUCCGAUUUGAGCAAAAGGUUUUACGAGAGCGCGUAUGGCCUUAGAAUUGCCCGAAUCGGCGGCAGUAGUGAUGAACACAUUUGGUUACAUCCGGACACAGCCAUGAAUGAGGCCCUCGACCGCCACCAGAACCUGUUGGACGCCGACUGGAGAUAUGAAUUGAGAAUAAGAUAUAUUCCGUCGACUUUAAGUGAUAUUCUGGCGAAAGACAGGUUCUCUUUCCACUACUUCUAUGACCAGGUUAAAAACGAUUACUUAAAGACAGAGCUGCCCAUCGAUCAGGAUCUGGCCAUUCAGUUGUGUUGUCUGGAGAUUAAAUGCUUCUUCAAAGACAUUACACAAUUCGCUUUGGAUAAGAAGUCCAACUUUGAAUACCUUGAGAAAGACAUAGGACUACACAAAUUUCUCCCCUCACACGUCCUCUCAUCCAUUAAGCACAAGACAUUACGCAAAACAAUUCAAUCGCAAUUCAAGAAGGUUUCCGCAUUGAGUGAAACCGAUUGUAUGAUUAGAUUCUUUGAUUUGGUUUUGCCUUUUGUUAAUUUUAAAGAAGAGAAGUUCAUGUGUGCGUUAGGGACGGGAUGGAGUAUUCCCGUUCAGUUAGUCAUUGGCUGUGAUAUUGGUAUCGGUUAUGUCACUGACAGGACAGGACCGCCCACACAAAUGGCACGAUUCCAAAGCGUCCAAAGCAUUCACAUCAACACUAAUGUCAACGAAAGCAAUGCAAACAACUCUGUCGUUAAUCCUUUAAACCAAUCAAAUAAAUCAGUGCUUCAGUUAAAAAUUGCCGGCGCGUCAGAAGUGUUGGCCAUUUCCUGUCCCUCAAACACUGUCGCCGAGAAUAUCGCGAAUCUAAUCGACGGUUACUGUCGUAUAGUUAAUAAUACAGACGAUUCGUUUUGGAUCCGAAAAGAUAUUAUGUUAGAAAAAGUAAAACAAAACCAGAAGAAGAGAAUCACUACUGAAAACGGGGACAAAGAUUACGCCGAAAUAGUAGACGACGGCGACUACUCGACGCCCGCCGGAAAGGAUUACGAGUUGUGCCGAUUGAGGCUAACGCUGGACGACAUCAUCGGUGAGGGACAGUUCGGUGACGUGUUUAAGGGCUCCUAUCAGACAAAAGACGACCAAAUUAUAGCGAUUGCCGUCAAAACGUGCAAAAUCGAGAGCGAAGGCCAAAUGGGCGACAAGUUUCUAGAGGAGGCCUACAUAAUGCAGCAGUUCGAACACCCGCACAUCAUCAAACUGAUCGGGGUGUGUUCCGAUUCGCCCAUUUGGAUCGUCAUGGAACUCGCCAAACACGGAGAGAUGAGAGCUUUCCUCCAGAACAAUAAGCAACGACUCGAUUUGGCCACUCUUGUCCUCUACGCCUACCAAUUAAGUACUGCUCUCUCGUAUUUAGAGAGCAAGAAGUUUGUUCACAGGGAUAUCGCCGCUCGCAAUGUUCUCGUCUCAGCCCAUAAUUGUGUGAAAUUAGCCGACUUUGGCCUUUCGCGAUGGGUUGACGACCAGUGUUACUAUAAGGCUAGUAAAGGGAAAUUGCCGAUCAAAUGGAUGGCUCCCGAAUCGAUUAACUUUCGCCGCUUUACCACUUCAUCCGAUGUCUGGAUGUUUGCCGUGUGUUUGUGGGAGAUAUUAAUGUUGGGCACAAAACCCUUUCAAGGCGUUAAAAAUAAUGAUGUGAUCGGAAAGAUUGAGAACGGAGAGCGACUGCCACUCCCUCACAACUGUCCGCCAAGACUUUAUAGUCUAAUGUCUCAGUGCUGGUCAUACGAGCCCUCAAAGAGGCCCUGUUUUAAAGAUAUUAAACAACUUCUAUACGAAGUGUAUUUAGAAGAGAAAACUCAAUUAGAAAGGCGUGAUAUUAGGAGAGAAACACAAUCAAUGUCUUGGAGUUCUUCCGGUUCUGAUGAGCCGCCGCCGAAGCCAUCGCGACAUUUUGUAAACAAUUAUUCUUCCGAUUCUAAUCCAUCGGUUGAGGCAUAUAUUGUGGCGAAAGACCCGGAGUGUCGCUCCCAUUCCCCUCCCUGUCCACCCUUCCCUUCAUUGAGUCACUUGAGCUCUAGUUUUGAUUACUAUCUCCAGAGAUAA